UGAUGCCAGAGAAGGACUGCUCGGUAAGAUCUUCGUUCCCAUGCCGCGAAAGGAGCUAUUGCUGAUCAGGAUGCAUCAUUUGACAGAGGUACGCGGCCCCUUUCCUUAGUGGCCCGAGCUACGAAUCAUUCAUGAUUCUCAUCGCAUGAAGGGCAUACGUCUUACAUCUCGUGUCGGACGGUAUCAUGUGUUCCUUGAUAUUUGUCUUCGCAGCUCUCUCCGCCAUUCGUGUCCUCAGCCUCAAUUUCUACGGCUUUGACUGGAAACUUCCCGCUCUGGUGUCCUCUGUAGUGCUAUUCCAGUUUGGAACUGAUAUCUACACCUACUCGCGGAGCAGAUCGGUGGUUCUGCUUGCUCCACCAUACUGUACCAUGCAGUAUACGGUCCCAGUUGAUCUUGAUUAUCGGCGUAUGUUGGUGCUCAGGAGAACGUCAUUCUACGCUAAUCAACCGCCACAGUGAAAGUCGCCGUCCGUGUUUUAAAUUGUAUACAUGACGCUCUCAUACUGCUCUUCACCUGGUACAAGACAAGGGGACAGAUCAGGGAGUACGGAAGUGCACUGUACAUGCGCAACACCCUCAUGACAAGGCUACUUCUCAAUGGUGUCAUCUACUUCAUGUCAGCUGAGCGCAGUCCCGACGUAGACGAGAUCACUGUUGAUGCAUAUGACAGAGUCCAUCUAGUUCUCAAUAUCCUAGACGCCGUUCUCACUGUGACGGGAACGUUUGACGACAUUACCGUGUUCAACGCCGUGUAAGUUCCAGUCGUCCGCAUCGGAUAUUACGAAUACUAAGCCGUCUCUAGGUUCACGCCUCUUAUCCUUUCCC